CUUAGUGCCUGGUCUGCUGCCUAGUUAGUCAGCAGCUAUGAGAGGGUUCGUCGUUGCUAUAUUUGCUCUAGGAGCAGUUUUCGCUGCUCCCCAAGAGAGGGACGGGAAAGGAUUUUCCGUGUUCAAUGUUGUAAAAUUUGACAAUGCAGAAUGCACUACAACAGAUAAUAAGGCUGGAACAUGUUACUCUGGAGCUGAGUGUACAGCCAAGGGUGGAGUUGCAUCUGGAAACUGUGCUAGUGGGUUUGGAGUCUGUUGUCUUUUUGCGACCUCAACCUGCGGAGCUUCAUCUAAUGAGAAUAACACCUACUUCAGCCAGCCAUCAACCCUCCCCCUCUCCUGCUCUUUGGAGAUCUGCCCCUGCAACUCCAACAUCAAGCAGAUCAGACUUGACUUCGAGACCUUCACAUUGGAUGGACCUGACACUACCGCUGCACUUCCUGUUCCUGCAGUAGCAGCUGAUGGAGCUGGAGGUGAUACAUUCACAUACACAGACGGUACUCAGGCCUGGACUUCUCACCCUAACACACAUGGACAGUGUAAUUCAGAUUACUUUACUAUUGGAUCUUCAGGGACUUCGCCCCCAGUCAUUUGCGGAGAAAAUGCUGGACAACAUAUGUAUGUUGAGACUGAUGGAGUAAACUGUGUUACAAUGACCUUUAACAUGGCCUCUCCUAUAGCUCAACAAUGGUCUGUUAAGGUUGCUCAGAUAGAAGAAGGAAUGAUCUGGGAGGCUCCAAAAGGUUGUCUGCAGUACUUCACCGGCACCUCGGGCUCCUUCUCCUCUUUCAACCUGGCGAACAACGUGCAUCUCGCCAACCAGGACUAUAAUAUUUGCAUGAGACGUGAGGCUGGGUAUUGUUCCAUUUCCUACCUGGCUACUACAUUCCAAGUUUCUGCAGUUGAUUUCAAGAAUAACUUUGGGUCUGGUACUGGCAAAUGUAACAGCAUCAAUCUCUUCCCAGGCGAUCCAGCCGCACCUUCGGAACAACUUCAGCUUGGAAAUGACUGGAUAGCUAUCCUUGAAGGAGAAGAUACUGUUGGAGUUGAUACAUAUGACAGAUUCUGUGGACAGCAGUUGCACGCAAAUGACCAGGAUGCCGUCCCUACCUCUGUUACAAGUUCCAGUAUACCAUUCCGAGUUGGAGUAUUCUUUGAUGAUAGUGAGGCCGCUGGCACCAAGGCUGAACUAGGAGCUGAUGACACCAGUGCUAUUGGAGAUGCUGAUCGUGGAGAUGUUGGAUUCGAUAUUGGAUACACGCAGAACUUGUGCGCGUAAGAUCUGGUUUCUCCAGAUUGCAGUUGGACCUCUGAUUCAGUAUAAAACCCUGAAAUUUAGUGUGUUUGCAUCAUGUGUUAAGUAUUUUCUAUGAAAAAAUGCUGUAAAUUUAUAAUGAAAUUUUGAUUAAAUAAAGUAUUUGAACCCUUU